UUUAAAAACCCGAUGAAUGCAGUUGGUGCAGGAUAGGAAACCCCUCCUCCAAAACGGACGGUUGUCAGGACAACACAAUGCGCUGGAUCGCUACAAUGUUUCUGCUUUGACUCGUGAAUUCUGAAUAGCUAGACAACAGGCAGAGUCAUGUCUGAUUUAGCUAGAGACAAGGCAGCUCGUCUUCUGAAGAAGAGAGGUAGUGUGUCGUCCCUUGGCAGCCAUGAUGUCAGAGCCAAGGAAACAGGGGGCAAGAUCAAGGAUUCUAUAAGCACCGUAUCCUAUAUCGAUGAGCCUGGUCACCAUGACGAUAACCCUCGACCCGCAGUACAGAUGGAGAACACCUUCCAAUUGGCACCACAUAGACGCUUCCCUGUUCUCACGGUCAAUGACAUCCUGAAGGAUGUGCUCGACAGUUACCUGCAAGAAGAGAAGUAUGAAGCUGAGCUCUGUCGGCAGAUGACAAAGACCAUAUCUGAGGUGAUCAAAGCCAGGGUGAAGGAUCUGAUGGUUCCCCGUUAUAAGAUCAUUGUUCUGAUCAGCAUCGGACAGCUCAGUGACCAGAACAUGCGCAUCGGGAGCCGCUGCCUGUGGGACUCCUCCAACGAUACCUUCUCCUCACACUCCUUCAAGAACAGCUCUCUCUUCGCCGUGGCCAACAUCUACGCUGUUUACUUUGAGUGAGUCAUCACCCAUGGUCACAGAUGACUGUCUUGGACUGUGGGUACUCAAGUCCUAUAUAGUCUCAUGUAGUCUGUCAUAAGGGCUACAUAACAGUGUUAUAAGCAUGACAUAAUAGAUUUGAUUUUUUUUUAAAUCACGACUGUUGGUGUCUGUUUAUGACAACUGUGAUGACUCAAAUAAUGUUUCGAUCAGCUAAUUGGGCAAGCUUAAAGCUAGCCAACUGGCUUGUGUUGUGACAGUGUUAAGUCGAUUGCCAUAAAGUGACACCGACUGUAAUGUCAUUGUCACAACUGUCUUAUGUAAUCCCUAUGACCGAGCUUUCAAGUAAAGUGUACCAAAUGACCUAUAUUUCUGUAUUCGUACCAUACCAUGGGUAUUCUAAAUGGUCUAUCAUGUGUAUGAUGUUCAUUUGCAUAUCAUGGAGAAUGGUUGUGUGGAACCAUUAAAUGGGAAACCUUUAAAUGAAGGUCAUGCCUAGAGCAUUGUGGUUUUAUCAAACAGACUGUAAGUAUCAAGGAAGUAUCAGAGGCAAUAACAAUAUAGUCUCAGGAAAAAGGAAAUAAGUUCAUACCAUAGUCUGAAUAUCUUUCUGGAAAUGAUUCAUUUUGGUUACGUAUGUUCUUGUCUGUGUAAUAAUGUACAAAUACUGUAUAAUACAGCAUUUCUUGAUCCUUUAAAUCUCAAAUAGCUUUUGCAAUCACUGUGGCACAUCGUCACACACUGUCUUGACUUCUGGCAUAUUUUGAAUAUUGUUCUCAAAUUUGUAGAGCAUGUUUUAUAUUUUUAACAAACUUAAGACUAAAAUUAAUUGUCUAAGUUUCAUCCUGAGAGGCAAAGUCUGUUCAAUUCUCAUAUAGACCUCAUUCAGUGGAAGUGUUAUUGAACUGAUGACUUGGGUUUUCAGUGUCAUAACUUGUUGAAAUAAUUUGCUGGUCUUGUCAUAACUUUCUGAAUAGAUUAUUGAUUUUGUACAGUUGUCCAGUCAAAAUGUCUACUUGCUGAAUGUAACCGAUUCACUUUGGUUAGCUAAAAUGGCCCAUUGUACAACAUGUAUUGCCUCUUGUUGAAUGAAUAAAAGUCAGAUCAACCAUAAUAAAGACAUCUGAAGAGAUA